GGGCAGGCUCUCACCCCGACCACGGCAGCGGAUGAAGCUGGCCGAGGCGGCCGGGGCGGGGAGAGAAAGAGCGAGCGCGGUACGGCGGCUCCUCCCCCGCCACACCCGGUGCGGCAGGAAGAGGAACAGCCGCGCCCUGCUCCCGGCCGGCCCUGGUCCAGCGCAGCGCCAUGGCGGCGGAGGAGGUGGACGGGCUGGCCAUAUCCCGGCCGCAUUAUGGCUCUGUCUUGGAUAAUGAGAGAUUAACAGCAGAGGAAAUGGAUGAAAGACGACGCCAGAAUGUAGCCUAUGAAUACCUUUGUCAUCUGGAGGAAGCAAAGAGAUGGAUGGAGGCCUGUCUGAAUGAGGAGCUGCCUCCCACAACAGAACUCGAAGAAGGCUUGAGAAAUGGAGUCUACCUGGCCAAGCUUGGAAACUUUUUCUCUCCUAAAGUCGUUUCUGUGAAGAAAAUCUAUGAUAGGGAACAGACUAGAUAUAAGGCAACUGGUCUUCACUUCCGGCACACUGAUAAUGUAAUUCAGUGGCUGAAUGCCAUGGCUGAGAUUGGUCUCCCAAAGAUAUUCUACCCGGAAACUACAGAUAUCUAUGAUCGCAAGAACAUGCCACGCUGUAUCUAUUGUAUUCACGCACUCAGCCUGUACCUGUUCAAACUGGGUCUUGCCCCGCAGAUUCAGGAUCUGUACGGGAAGGUGGACUUCACAGAGGAAGAAAUCAGUAAUAUGAGGCUUGAACUGGAGAAGUAUGGUAUUCAGAUGCCUGCCUUCAGCAAAAUUGGAGGAAUUCUGGCAAAUGAACUCUCUGUGGAUGAAGCAGCAUUACAUGCUGCGGUCAUUGCCAUUAAUGAAGCAAUCGACCACCAGGUUCCAGCUGACACACUUGUGGCAAUGAAGAACCCUAAUGCCAUGCUAAUAAAUCUUGAUGAUCAGCUGGAAUCCACUUAUCAAGACACUCUCUACAGAGCAAAACAAGACAAGAUGGAGAAUGCUAAAAACAGGAUUGCCUCAGAAAAUUCAGAGAGAGAGAGAGAUGUGUAUGAAGAACUUCUGACUCAAGCUGAGAUUCAGGGAAACAUCAAUAAAGUGAACACACAUGCAGCCAUAUCAAAGAUUGGCCUAGCUUUGGAACAAGGAGAUACGUUAGCACUUUAUGAAGCUUUGGCAACACCAGCCCUGGGACUCCGAGGACUGCUACGAGAAAACUGUGACUGGUAUUUCAAGCAAUUUUUGAGUGAUAGACAGCAGAAACAGGAGGCUGGCCUUACAGGUCUUCUGCAAAAGGAGGAGUUGCAGUUGGGAGUGGAUGCUGCUAACAAGGCAGCACAACAAUAUCAGCAAAGGCUGGCAGCAGUGGCCAAAAUUAAUUCUGCAAUUCGAAUGGGUGAUGCUGAGAAGACUGUGGCAGAAAUGAUGAAUCCAGAGGCCCAGUUACCAGAGGUUUAUGCGUUUGCUGCAGCUCUUUACCAAAGGGAGCUGUCCACUUUGCAGCAACAGAGUCAUGAAGGUAACCUCACACAUCCAGAAUUAUCUGUUGCUGUAGAGAUGCUGUCUUCUGUGGCCCUGAUUAAUAGGGCUUUGGAUUCAGGGGAUGUGAAUACUGUGUGGAAACAACUGAGCAGUCCUGUCACGGGGCUCACAAACAUAGAGGAUGAGAACUCUCAAAGAUACAUUGAUGAUUUGAUAAAGCUGAAAUCUCAAACACAUGCAGAGGGAAAUGAAUUUAUCACGUGGAAUGAUAUCCAGUCGUGUGUGGAUCGUGUGAAUUUAGCUGUGCAUGAAGAACAUGAACGGAUUUUGGCAAUUGGUCUUAUCAAUGAGGCUCUGGAUGAAGGGGACGCCAAAAAGACUCUACAAGCCUUACAGAUUCCUGCAGCAAAAUUGGAAGGUGUAGCCCCAAAGAUAGCUCAGCAUUAUCAGGACACCCUACUUCGGGCCAAGAGAGAGAAAGCACAGGACACUCAGGAUGAAACAGCUGUACUUUGGCUAGAUGAAAUUCAGGAUGGGAUUCAUAGGGCCAACAAAGACACAGAGGAGUCCCAGAGAUUUUCCUUAGGAAUUCUGGCCAUUAAUGAAGCAGUAGACCAUGGAGAUGUUGGCCAUACCCUGAGUGCUUUGCGUUCACCAGAUGUUGGGCUAUAUGGAGUCACUCCAGAAUGUGCUGAAACGUACCAGCGAGAGCUGGCAGAAGUCAAGAGAGGAAAAAUGGCAACAGGGGGCAAUGGCAGUGAAUGGGUGAAACUCUGGGUGAGAGGAGGCUAUCAUUAUUAUCAUAACCUGCAGACCAAAGAGGGAGGAUGGGAUGAACCAGAUGGAUUUGUGCAAAAUGACACGCAACUGUCACGGGAGGAGAUACAGAGCACCAUAUCUGGUGUCACUGCGGCAUACAACCGAGAGCAGUUGUGGCUGGCCAACGAGAACCUGAUUACAAAACUGCAGGCUUGCUGUCGAGGCUAUCUUGUUCGCCAGGAAUUCAGUUCCAGAAUGAAUUUUUUGAAGAAACAAGUCCCAGCAAUCACUUGUAUCCAGUCUCAGUGGCGUGGCUAUAAGCAAAGGAAAGCGUAUCAAAUCCGUUUGGAUUACCUCCGAGCACACAAGGACCAAGUAGUGAAGAUUCAGUCAAUGACCAGGAUGUAUCAAGCCAGAAGGCGUUACAGAGAUCGUCUGCAGUAUUUCAGAGACCACAUAAAUGAUGUUAUAAAAAUUCAAGCCUUUAUCCGAGCAAACAAAGCACGAGAGGACUACAAAACCCUCAUUAAUGCUGAAAACCCACCUAUGGCUGUGGUUCGGAAAUUUGUCCACUUGCUUGAUCAGAGUGACCAAGAUUUUCAGGAGGAGCUUGAGCUAAUGAAACUGCGUGAAGAAGUUGUAACCUUGAUCCGAUCCAAUCAGCAACUCGAAAAUGACCUCAAUCUCAUGGACAUCAAAAUUGGGCUGCUAGUGAAAAACAAAAUUACACUGCAGGAUGUUGUUUCUCACAGCAAAAAGCUUACCAAGAAGAACAAGGAACAGCUCUCUGACAUGAUGAUGCUGAACAAACAAAGGGGAGGUUUGAAAGCUUUGAGCAAAGAGAAGAGAGAAAAGCUGGAAGCCUAUCAGCAUCUGUUCUACUUACUUCAGACUAACCCAACCUACUUGGCCAAACUGAUUUUCCAGAUGCCUCAAAACAAAUCCACAAAGUUCAUGGAUUCUGUCAUCUUCACAUUGUAUAACUAUGCAUCCAAUCAGAGAGAAGAAUAUCUGUUACUGCGGCUUUUUCAAACAGCAUUGCAGGAAGAGAUCAAAUCAAAAGUAGACCAAAUACAUGAAAUUGUGACUGGGAAUCCUACUGUUAUUAAAAUGGUGGUAAGUUUCAACCGUGGUGCCCGUGGUCAGAAUGCCCUAAGGCAGAUCCUAGCACCAGUUGUGAAGGAAAUCAUCGAUGACAAAUCACUCAAUAUCAAAACUGAUCCGGUGGAUAUUUACAAGUCUUGGGUUAACCAAAUGGAAUCUCAGACUGGUGAAGCCAGCAAACUGCCAUAUGAUGUUACACCUGAACAAGCUCUAAAUCAUGAAGAGGUAAGGACCCGCCUGGAUGCCUCAAUCAGAAAUAUGAGGACGGUGACAGACAAGUUCCUAUCUGCCAUUGUUAGUUCAGUCGACAAAAUCCCUUACGGAAUGCGUUUCAUUGCCAAGGUAUUGAAAGAUUCCCUGUAUGAGAAGUUUCCUGAUGCUGGUGAGGAUGAACUUCUGAAGAUUGUUGGCAACUUACUCUAUUAUCGCUACAUGAAUCCAGCCAUUGUUGCACCAGAUGCGUUUGACAUCAUUGAUCUUUCAGCUGGAGGUCAGCUGACCACGGAUCAACGCAGAAACCUUGGUUCAAUUGCAAAGAUGUUGCAGCAUGCUGCAUCUAAUAAAAUGUUCAUGGGAGACAAUGCACAUCUAAGCAUCAUUAAUGAGUACCUAUCACAGUCGUACCAGAAGUUCAGACGUUUUUUUCAGGCAGCCUGCGAGGUCCCUGAAUUGCAGGAUAAAUUUAAUAUUGAUGAAUAUUCUGACUUGGUGACUCUCACUAAACCAGUUAUUUAUAUUUCUAUUGGUGAAAUCAUCAAUACACAUACUCUGCUUUUAGACCAUCAAGAUGCAAUUGCUCCUGAGCACAAUGAUCCAAUUCACGAGUUGCUGGAUGAUCUUGGAGAAGUUCCUACAAUUGAGUCCUUAAUAGGGGAAGGAUCUGGCAAUGUUAAUGACCCCAGCAGGGAGAUGCUAGCAAAGACAGAGGUUUCUCUCACGCUCACUAAUAAAUUUGAUGUUCCUGGUGAUGAAAAUGCAGAGAUGGAUGCAAGGACAAUUCUGCUGAACACAAAACGUUUAAUUGUUGAUGUAAUCCGCUUCCAGCCAGGGGAGACACUGACUGAAAUCUUGGAAACUCCAGCUACAUCAGAGCAAGAAGCAGAGCAUCAAAGAGCUAUGCAGAAACGGGCCAUUCGUGAUGCCAAAACUCCCGAUAAGAUGAAAAAAUCUGUGUCUGUAAGGGAGGACGGCAACUUAAAUCUUCAGGGAAAAAAAGAGAAAAUCAAGACAGGCCUGAAGAAGUUGACAGAACUGGGGAUAGUGAAUGCAAAAAAUAAAUACCAAGAACUAAUCAAUGACAUAGCAAAGGAUAUCCGAAAUCAGCGUAGAUACCGUCAGAGAAGAAAGGCAGAGUUGGUAAAGCUGCAGCAGACAUACAGUGCCUUGAAUUCCAAAGCUACCUUUUAUGGGGAACAAGUGGAUUAUUACAAAAGCUACAUUAAAACCUGCUUGGAUAACCUGGCCAGCAAGGGCAAGGUCUCGAAGAAGCCUCGGGAGAUGAAAGGCAAAAAUAGUAAAAAGAUUUCCCUAAAAUAUACAGCAGCUCGACUUCAUGAGAAGGGAGUGCUUUUAGAGAUUGAGGACCUGCAAGUUAACCAGUUUAAGAAUGUGAUAUUUGAAAUCAGUCCAACAGAAGAAGUAGGAGAUUUUGAGGUAAAAGCAAAAUUCAUGGGGGUACAGAUGGAAACCUUCAUGUUACAUUAUCAGGAUCUUUUGCAGCUGCAGUAUGAAGGCGUUGCAGUCAUGAAGUUGUUUGACAGAGCAAAAGUAAAUGUCAACCUUCUGAUCUUUCUUCUGAACAAGAAAUUUUAUGGGAAGUAACUGACCUCUGCUGGCAAGUCUGUGAAAGGGGAGAUAAAUAGAAACCUGCAUAUAUGACUUGUAAUGACCUAGCUAUGCAUCAGUAUAUGCCCAUACCUUGCUAAAAUAUAUCAAAUGUAUUAUGACGAAGGACUAACAACCUCUUGUGAAUUGACAGUGCUGACUGAGUCUGUAGGGUGUUGCUUCUUGUACCUUUAUGACCUUUAUGUUCUACUUGGAAGGUCCCCUGAGAAUGUAUUUUUAUAUGGCACUGGGGAUUAAACUAUUACUAGGAUAAACUUAGGGCUGCUUUAUUUGCCUAAUCGUGUUCUUUAUAAGUCUUGUAUUCUGGUUAUGUGUACAAAGAGAAAGAUGGCACUGUAGAGCAAUUGAUUUAUUGAUUUGCCUCAUGAAGGAAAAAAAAAAGAGUUACAGAUGGUAUUCAGACUCCAGUUACUCUCUAACAGCAAUGACUGCAAUUAAAAAAUGGUCAAAGUCCAGGUAAUCAAUUUGUUUGUGAGCUUAUGGUGUUGAUGACAGCAAGCCUAUUGCUGAGAACGCAUAGGGUCUGGAGAAUCAUUGUGUCAUAAAUGGUUGACGAACUAUUCACGAUUAUGUGUUAUGGACACAUAGAAUAGCUUUAGUGUCUUAUGUUUCUUCAUUUGUUUCCCUUAAUGACACUAUAAUAAUUUAGAGAUGGCCCAUUACAUAGAAGGACUGUGGAAUUCAUUUAUUACUGCAUAAGGAUGAAAAGAAGCCUUUUGGGAGGGGAAACUUAAUUCUUAAGAUGUUAGCUUUUAGUGCUGCUUGCAAAGCAUUUAAAAUGUAUUUUUUUUUUUUCCAGUUUAGAACAAUGUUCCAUAUAUCUUUAUCUGAUUCAAUAAAUAUUAAGCUCUACCUGCAGACUUGUCAAAAAGUUCCCUUGGCGGAAGACAACUAUCUUAAAUAGGUCAGUCUUUAAAAAGUUAAAUUUUUCUAGCUCUAUCAAAGUCCCCAUUAGUUUUACUAUUUGGUGGAUAUUUCACCACAGCGGUGGUGCUGGCUGUUCUGCUAGAUUCAAUAAAAAUACAGAGACUCUUAAAUAAAUGAAUCCAACCCUAAACUAAUUGUUCUGCCCCUUCUUCCACCCCUGUUUUCUUCUUAGUAUUUCCAUUUUUUUUAGAAGGGAUAUAACUCUUAUUUGCCAGUUUCAAGUUACUCGUGUCACUUUCAUUGUUCUUUCAGAUUACUGAGUUAAGUUGAACUGCCUUAUCUCUGAUGUACGUAAGCACUAGUUCAUUGGCUCAGAUCUUUGCUAAUAAAAGCCACUCACAAUAUUUGAAAUGGUUACAUUCCUGAGGAUAACUUUUCUGUAAUCCUUUAAUAAGCAAUUAAUGUCUUUCAACCUGCUAACAAUUAGACUGUAUUAAAUACCAUAUUUUAAUGUUGGUGCAUGUGGGGUCCAACCCAAUAACAACAACAACAACAAAAUCCUUUUCUUACAUACCAAACGAAAGAUAGAUCUUUACAGUGUAGGUCAUCUGAAAGAGGGAGACUUCAGAACUGGAUUUCCACUGCCGUCGAAAGAAGAGAUGUCAAAUGGGAUAAAGGUCUUGCCUUGUUGAUUAAUUUUUUCUUUAGCUGCUUCUGAAUUUGCUGUAUCAUAGAAGGACUUAAAAAUUGCAUUCUCUUGAUCUGGGGAUAGUGAGAAUAAUGGUGGAACAUUAUUAAAUAUUACUAAGAAAAUGCAGCUGUAUUCUGCAAGCUCUUGAAUCACAGAGACGUAUUCCUCCAUUUUUUUUCUAAACUGAAUACUUUAUUUUUUUAAACUACAACCAUGGUGAGAUUUGGGAACAAGGUAAUGAGGUAUUAGCAGUUAUCUUAUUCUAAUCAAGGAAAACAUCCGUAACAGGUGAUUUACAAUACUUGCCUCUUGCCUAGAAUUGGCAAAAAUUGGAAAAAAAAAAAAAAAAAAAAA